AUGGUAUAUGCUUCAAAUUCAGCUCUGUCUCGUCAUAAAAAAUGGCAUAAAGGGGGAAAUCUUCAACAUCGUUUUAAGUGUGAAUUGUGCUUAUAUUCUACAGAUUCAAGAAAAGACUUUAAACGUCAUGGUUUUAUCCAUUCUGGAGAACGUCCAUUUACAUGUACAUUGUGUGGUAGAGGAUUUACUCGAAAUAAUCAUUUGAAACGACACAUGUUAACGCACAGUGCGAGUUUUCCCUAUACAUGUAACUUUUGCCCAAAAACUUUUCGUAGGUCUGACCACUUGGCAGUUCACAUUCAAAAACAUCAAGAAGAAGGUGACUUGAGCAUAUUUGCAAUACCAUCAACUCACGUUCAAAAACAUCAAGAAGAAGGUGAUUUGGGCAUAUUUCCAAUACCACCAACUCACGUUUAA